GGGGCAGCGGCUCCGGCUCUGCCGGUAGUCUGGCGCCUGGUUGCCCUCCGCGAGCUGGGCCUGCGGGGUCCAUGGCGGGGCCGGGGCUUCUUCCUCCAGAAGAAAUGUAGUGUGUGGUGGAAGGUGCGCUGUGGCUGUGCUGAGAACUCGGGCUGAGACGGGGUCGGAGAUGCCUCUCGCGUCACCCCCAUCGCUUGGCUUAGAUCCUUACCAGCGGCCAAGUUUUGGGCCUUUCUGACCACCUAUACGCUUCUGGGUGCCUUGGUAACGCGCGACGGGGUAUGACCUCACAGAGACCAAAAAGCAUUACUGGUCUGGGGCCACCUGUGCCCUAGUAACUACACCCUUUCCCCCUACCCCCUCUCCGCAAGCUUGGAAGAGGCUUCGUCUUAAUUAUAUAGCCUGGAUAAAAGAUUAUUAUGCUUACAAAGCUGCAGCCGCAGGAGCAGGAAUUCCUUUUUUUUUUUUUUUUUUUUUUCAUGAGACAGGGCUCAUGUAACUUGGGCUAACUUCGAACUCCGUUUGUAGCCGAGUGAAGAUGACGUUGAAUUCCUGAAUCUUCGCCACCAUCAUGACCUCCUCGAGUGUUUGUCUUAAAAGCCUGCGCCGUCAUAGGAAGGAUUUCUUCCCCUGCCUCCGUGUGUUCAUUCACUCAUUCUGUAAAUAUUUGUACAGUGCUUACUCUGCUCUAAGUGCUGUUUCCGGCACUGAGCAGAACAAGGAAGAAGACUGCCUCUUUAGCCUUUAACCAGUAGUGAAGAUGGGAAAAACCCAGUCACCAGAAUAAAUUUUAUUUACAAAACUGUGGAAAGCCAUGCAUAGGGUGUGGGCUAAAAUUGGAGACCCUUAGACAUCGGCCUGUAGGAUGAGGAAUCAGCUCAGGCUCUUGGCAUUUUGCAGAAGCACCAGACCACCAGGAGAAGGAGUCUGGGGAACUAGGGGCCUACAAAUGACUCUCUAGGAAUUGGCAUUUGUUCUAAAAAUCGUGGAAGAUGUUGGAAAAUUUGGGACAAAGCUAACCUGAUCUGAUUUGUGAGUGGAUUCUUAAGAGACAGGGAGGAUCCUCUGUAUGCAUCUAAGUGAGGAGGCUAUGAGGGGUAAGUGAAGAGAGCAGAGAGCGUCUAAGGUUGGGAGAGGUAGACAGCCUGUCAGUUGGAUGGUGAGAGGGGCUCACGAUUCCUCUAGGUCCCUAGUGGUAGGCACACACCCCUUUUCCAACUGUAAGAACCAGUUGUUAAAGGCAAUGUCAAGACUGGCCCAGGAAAGAGAAUUUCAUGACCUAGUGACACAGGUCUAGCUGCUCAGGAGGAAUAUCUCAGUUUUAAAGCCAGCCUUGGGAAUUUGACAAAACCCUGUCAAAAAACAAAAACAAAACCACCACUACCAACAACAACUAAACUAAACUCAAAGGACCCAGGGAUGAAGUAGUUGAUUCAGAUGAUAACAGCACAUAGCCCCACAGGGGAAUUCAAAGACCAAACUGUCAGGCACACCCUGUCGGGAGAUUACAGCAGGGCGGGGAAGGGGCAUGGGUCAGGUGAGGAGGUUGAGGCGGCACUUUGAUAGUAAUACUCCCUACCUCCUUUCUUCCCUUAGCUAGGAAAGAAGCCCCAGGUGGCAGUUCCAGCCCCUUGAGGCGGCACUUUGAUAGUAAUACUCCCUACCUCCUUUCUUCCCUUAGCUAGGAAAGAAGCCCCAGGUGGCAGUUCCAGCCCCUUGAGGCGGCACUUUGAUAGUAAUACUCCCUACCUCCUUUCUUCCCUUAGCUAGGAAAGAAGCCCCAGGUGGCAGUUCCAGCCCCUUGGGUCUGUUUCAGAACAGUCCUGUACAAAGGACUUCAUUUUUUACCUUCCACCCGCCCUGGCUUGCUCCUCCCCAGGACAAUCUUCCCAGGAUGACUUUCUUAGACUUUGUGUUAGGAACCAGGAAAUUGAACCUGUGACUGUGCUGCAGGGAUUCCGCUUAGGGCUGUGUGGGGAAAUUCCAUCUCACUUCUUCUGGAUGCUCAGAAUCCCUUCAAGCACCCUGUGGGAGGCCAUCCAAAACCAUGGCAAGUCCGAGACACCCAGCAGCAGCCCAUGCUGUAGCCCUGGUGCAGAUGGAACGACUCCAGACAUUUGCCUUUUCUGUAUGCUGGUCGGACAAGAGUGACACGUUUGUUCGCAGGAGCUGGGAUGAGUUUAGGCAGCUGCAGAAGAUCCUUAAGAAAACUUUCCCAGUGGAGGCGGGCCUGCUGCGGACAUCUGAACGAGUUCUUCCUAAGCUUCCUGAUGCUCCAUUGCUGACUCGUCGGGGGCAUACUGGCCGAGGUCUGGUACGUCUGCGGCUGCUGGACACCUAUGUGCAGGCGCUGCUGGCAACCUCAGAGCGCGUAUUGAGGAGCUCAGCACUCAGUGACUUCUUUGCACCCAAACCUCUGGAUCUGGAGCCCACACUGCCUCCUGGCAGCCUGGUGAUCCUGCCCACACCAGAGGAGCCCCUAUCCCAACCUGCAGGCAGCCUUACUAUUCAUAGCCUGGAGCCUCAGAGGAUGCGCUGUUUACAGCCUUUCCACACCCAUGACACAAGAGACAGUCCUUUCCACACGCAGGCUCAAGAAAUCCUGGACAUAUUACUACGGCAUCCUUCAGGCUGGUGGCUGGUGGCAAACAAGGAUCAACAGACAGCCUGGUUUCCAGCUCCCUACCUGGAGGAGAUAGCCCCAGGCCAAGGCCAGGAGUCAGGCCUGGCCUUGCAAGGCAGUGGGAAGCAGUUCUGUGCUAUUCAGGCCUACGAAGGCAGUCGCACUGAUGAGCUCUCUGUGCCCCUGGGGGCACGUGUGCAAGUGCUGGAAACCUCGGACCGAGGCUGGUGGCUGUGCAGGUACAAUGGUCGUGUUGGCCUAUUGCCCGCAGUGCUGCUGCAACCUGAAGGGCUGGGCUCCCUCCUGGGCAGGCCAGGGCUCCUAGACAAUGGUGGGGAAGACAGGGUGGCCGAGGACACGGCUGUUCCCCCUCUGGUACCAACUCGCCCCUGUAGGAGUGCCAUCCAGAGCCGAUGCUGCUCCAUCACCCGCAGAGCACUGAGUCAGGACCAAGGUACCCAGGUUCCCCCUUGAAGAUUUGUGGGGGGCCUGCAGAGAUGCUGCACUGUCAACCCCAACCACAGGCAAAGCAAGGACCCAGACCUGCCAAGGGGGCAGGAUGAGGGUGGGGCUCUAUGGCUCUAUGGCUGGCAGGGCCAAGUGGCAGCAACUCCCCAUUUCCUCUAAAUAAAACUGGAGUGAUAUCA